UAAUUCUAAGCCCAACGGAUGCCCGGUGAGUCUCGUGCUUUCGCUUUCCCCGUAGCAACCGCAAGUGGAGGGGGGUGAUUCCUCGUCCCUCGAUACUCUUCACUUCUAAUCCUCCGCCCCUCGAAAGCAACAAAUCCGUCCCUUCUUAGUCUCCUUAGAGAUCGCAAUCCAAUCGGCAUUUAAUCCUCGAUCUGGAUCUCAUAGAAUUUUGAAAGAUCCUCCUUUCGUCAUUUCGUCGAGUAAUUGAUGGUGGGUAUUGUUUCGAAUUGCUCUUUUUCGAUGUCCCGAGGCUCUUUGGUCGGUUCUCUUAAGCUAGGGUUGUGGAGGAGUUUAUACGCGUGAUUCUAGUGUGUUUGUUUGGUGGUUUGGAAGGUUUGGCCCGAGAAGUCAUCGGGGAUUUCGUUGUUCUUCAGUUUCUUUUGCUGCAGUCAGACUCACUACAUGUGAAGGGAUAGUUUGGUAUUUGAGUCACUUCACAGCUUCGGGAAUACGUUGAGAAGAGAGGCUUUUGCAUGGCUUUGCGAGGUUAUAUGAUUCCUAUUCUGCUCCAAGUUGAACUUUUUGACUCAUGUUAGGGAGGUGAUUGUUAUUAUUAUGAGUGGUGGUAGAGUGGAAGUGGUCACCAGCACUGGCUGUUCAAGGUUCUUUGUUGGUUCCUCCACUUCCAUUCCCUCACUGAAUUUUCUGAGACCCACUGAGAUGAUGUCCCCGGCUUCUUCAGCCCCCCCGGAGUCUGAACCUAGAGUUCCGUCAGUUGUGGGCCCUUUUACUGGUCUUGUCAUAUGCGUCACGGGGCUCUCUAAAGAAACAAGAAACCAAGUCAUGGCUGCAACAGAGAGACUCGGUGGCCAAUAUAGUGCCAGUUUGCAUCCUCAGUGUACUCAUCUUGUGGUCCAGAGCUUUGGUGGACGCAAGUUUGAACAUGCAUUGAAGUAUGGAUCGAAAAAUGGGCUAUUAGUUGUUAGACUGGGCUGGUUUGUUGACAGUGUUCGGAGGAACAUGAGGCUAAACGAAUCUCUCUAUAGCAUUAAAAGUGUUGGCGAGAGUGGCUUACCAUUAGGGGAGUUCAACCGACUUGUUGAGCUCCCUGGCAGUGAAAAAUCCUGCCUUCCUGCCAUAGCCUUUGGGGAUGAAAGGUCUUCCAACACAGCUGGGCAACCUCAUCUACCUUCUUCUGUAAAAGAGCUAAGGGCUGGUGGAUCUGUUUUAUCGAACGAUUGCAUCUACAUUGAUUCAGGAGUAUCAUAUGAACUGAAGAAGAAGGUCGUUGAAGCUGCUACUAGGGAAGGUGCAGCGUUGUUGGAUCACUGGUUUGUUGGUUGCCAUGCAAGUCAUGUUGUUUGUGAAGGACCUUUUGUCCAAAGAUACAUUGGCCAUACCAAUAACCUUGUAACUCCACUGUGGGUCCUUAAAACAGCAAAGGAGAAGUGCUUGCAGCGGCUCGUGCACUUAUCUUCUGAUCUUGCCAGGCAGGUUGCCAUAAUUCUUGAAAAUGCUCAGAUAGCAGGAGAGGAUACAUAUGGAGAAAGUGGCCAGCUCAUUGCUUUAAAUUCUAAGAGAACUGAUGGCAAAAACAAAGAAAGUCUUGAAGAGAGACAAAAAACUGUUGAUUUUGCAAAAUUGGACGUUAGACGUCGUCGUUGUCGGCGUAUGCAAUCAUGCCAAAUUCCAAUUCAUCCAAUUACUCCUAGCAGCCUUCUGGAGUCAAUCUGCUGGUCGAUCUCUGAGCCAGUUUCAUCUGCAUGUAUCUACACAGAAUCCUCUGUUGUAGAUGAUGCUGGUGAGCCACAUACUUCUGUAUUCUUUGAUGCAAGGGGUGAUGGGAGGGAAUCUGAAGCAUCAUUUGACAACUUCUCACGCCCACUUAGAGAAAGUGAAAAGAGGGAGAUGAUCUUUAAGAAUCACUUCCUUACCAUACUCUUUCCAUGUGAUCGUUUUGGUGAGUUGGGCCCUUCUUCAAGAACAUUUUUCAGUGAAGGUGGUUUUACAUGUGUACAAGUUCUGGAGCAUAUUUACAACUUCUACCAGAUCUUGUUUAUUCCUUUUGUUUUCAGGAGAACAUGUCAGAAAAUGAAAUAGCUGUAGCAAUUCACACUGACUCAAGGUAUGCUGACCGGCUCCGGUCUCUCUAUGCCAGCAAACAAUCAAUGGAACAAGGUUUUGUGCCAUUCAAGCGAAUUGAUUUCUUGGGAAGUCGAAGGAGCUUCGAGGCACUGAAGCGAGUCAGUGGGGAGAAUAACAACAAUGUAUAUGAGCUCUUGAUCAGAGCAUGAGUUUUUGCUUUAAUUGCAACCACUGGCUUCUAUUUGAUUUGGUUUCUUUUUCAAAAGCUCACUUCAAAACUGUUGUAUGUGUUGGAAUUCAUAUGAAUAAUGAUCAACCACGGAAAAUUAUGCUGCCCUUGUGCCCUAGCUUUGUCGGAGCUAGCGAUGAGUAUAGCUAGAUGCUCCACGGUAGUUUGGUCUUUACCAUUAUUUGUUGCAUGGUAAAACAAUAAUUUAACGUGCAGAAGGCACGCCAUAUGACUUUAUUCUUGUAUCUAUGUUCAUAGUAACAGUACCCUCUGUAUCAAUGCAAAAUUCUCAAAUUAUUUA